AUGCUGGUGGUCGGCUCGAACAACUCCGCGCACGACAUCGCCGCCGCCGCGUGGGAGGCCGGCGUCACGGUGACGAUGCUGCAGCGCUCCUCGACCCACGUGGUCCGGUCCGACCGGUUCGUCGAGCACGCGAUCGGCCCGCUGUACUCCGAGGACGCCGUCGACGCCGGCAUCGACGUCCACACCGGUGACCUGCUCUUCGCCUCCCAGCCCUACCGGAUCAUGCACCGGUGGCAGAAGCCGAUCUACGACCUCAUCCGCUCCGAGGACGCGGAGUUCUACGAGCGCCUCGAGGCGGCCGGGUUCGACGUCGACUUCGGCGAGGACGAUUCCGGUCUGACGAUGAAGUACCUGCGCCGCGGGUCGGGCUACUACAUCGACGUCGGGGCGUCCGAGCUCGUCGCGAACGGUGACAUCGAGCUGCGGCGCGGGGAGAUCGCCGAGGUCGUCGCCGACGGCGUGGUCCUCACCGACGGCAGCCGGAUCGAGUCCGACGUCCUGGUCUACGCCACCGGCUACCGGUCGAUGAUCCGGCUCGCCGCCGACGUGCUCGGCGACGAGGUGGCCGACCGGGUCGGUCGCGUCUGGGGCCUCGGGUCGGGCACCGCGAAGGACCCGGGCCCGUGGGAGGGCGAGGAGCGCAACAUGUGGAAGCCCACCCAGCAGCGCAACCUCUGGUUCCAGGGUGGCAACCUGCAACAGGCCCGCUUCUACUCGCUCCUGCUCGCGCUGCAGCUCAAGGCACGCCAGGAGGGCAUCGACACCCCGGUCUACGCCCUGCCGGAGUCGCACCACACCGAGUGA